AUGGUCUCCCUCAGCAUCUUGUCGUCGUCCAGAGCUUCUAGUAUACGUUCGUCCCGGUCUCAGAAUAGCAUAAAUCAUGUACCACCAUCGCCCGUGUCCUCUAACGGUCAUUCAACGUCCUCUUCUUCUUCUUCGAGCGGAUCUUUAAAAUAUCAGGAUGCAGAGAAUGUCACUAUCACUCCCAACCGUCCGCUAAACAUGGAAGAGAAACAGAAGAGUCAGGAAGAUUUGCGUCUACUGGCAGUAUCCACGCAUAUCACAGAGCUUUCGUACAACAUCUCCGAUAUCCAGACGCGCAUCUUCGAAAUUCAGGAACUUCGUCACAAGUCUCAGUCGUCCUCAGAUGCCGCCAACGCCUCCAGCGUCAUUGACCAGUCUCUCCUCAAUUUGGAUGAGCGCGUCCAGUCUGUAUCCAAAGGCAUCAAGAUCGUUAGGGAGUCACUCGAGCCACUACUACAGCAAACCGAGAAAACGCCCAUUUUCCGCAUGGCAGAACCAAACGAAGACGCGGCUCUCCUGCGCAAGCAUGCCACCUUGGUCGCGGAUUGGGAGGCCGUGCAGAAGGAUAUCCAAGUUCUGCGUGAGGAGUUGAAGGAAGAUAAGUGGUUAACUGUCUUCCGGACUGUGACGGAGCAGGCGGAUGGGAUGAUGUGCAGUCUAGAGAAAGCUGUCAAUCGGUGCCAGGACUUCAUAUGGCAGGCGCAGAGACGGGAAGACUCCAUCUCUCAGACAUCGUCCACGUCUUCAAUGCGCUCAGAGAAGAACCCUCUUAGCCUCGAAGUGUUCAAUUCGCUUCUGGACUCCUUUGAAGCGAAGAAAAAACACUACAUGCCCGCAACUACGAAAGUCCUGUCCAUCAUCGACAAAGGUGUACAAGACCGUGUCACCAAGAAUGGAGAGUGUCUGAGGAGACAUGCAGAGUCAACGCAGCGUUGGAAAAAUCUCAAGGAGCGAAUAGCGCGGACAGAGAUCGAGAUGGAAGCAAUGCGUAGAUUGCUGUUGAGUUUGGAUGUGGCCCCCAGUGAGGUUGGCUCAAGCACCUCCGAAGCAACAUCGAUGUCAAAGAAUGGCUAUCUAGCGACGCCGCCCAGCCUUUCGCGGUCGCAGAAGGAUCACGGUUCGACCAUCUCGCUAUCGAAUUCUAUAUCACCGUUCAGAAAGCUUGCGCGGAAGCUCGCUGGCUCAAAGUCGCCUCGCAGUCCGGUGCCGGAGUCGCAGAAGAAGAGCUUUGCGAACACUCCAUCGUUGGCACCGCAACGUACUCUGAAGCAUCGAUCGUCGAUACUUCACUUUUUGAAUGGCCCUCCGACGCCCGUUACGCCGUCUCAUAAACAUUCGCAGAGCCUCACACCGGAGUCUUCUCCAUCUGCCCGGAAACUCGAUCCCAGACUUGAUCCCAGAUAUGAUCUUAGAGCUGAAUCCAGAGCCGAUAGCAGUAACACGGUCAAGAGCAGACCGGCAUGGAAUAGCUCCACGAGGGUGGAGGCCGAAGAGCGUUCCUUAACAUUGAAGUCACAAGCGCAGCGCCGUACAUCCACACCAGGUCUCUCUGGAUACUAUGAAGAUAUCCCCCCCGUACCAUCUCUAUACCCAUACAACCGCAGCGUAUCACGGAGCUCCAUGGCGUCGUCGAGACCAUGGUCGCCAGUCACAUCUUCUGCUUCGACCGGUCAAUCAUCCACCCCCGGCAUGUCGAUGUUCCGACCACCCUCUCGCACACAAAGCAACCAGACAUCGUCAGGCUUCUUCCACCGCAUUCGCCCAACAACACCCAGCCAUAUUCCAGCGCCUUCAUUGUCCCACUGGCCGUCUGAUCAGUCUCCCACAACGCUCAUGCAAUGCGCACUUUCUCCAGCACAGUUAACACCUCCCCGUUCUCACACACCCGGCGGCAGCGUCAUACCCGCUCGCCCGCCCAGCCGAUCCAUGAUUCCCAUUCCCAGCGUACAUGUCUCCACCGCAUCGCGGCCCUCCUCUGCAAUGUCGUAUUACCGUCCAGACAGCUCCAUGUCUUUCCGCACCUCCGCCGUACGUGCACAGACGCCCGAGGGCAUCCUUCGCAUGACACCGCGCCCAUCCCGGCUGCCGCCAUCAAGCUUCAGGGAGUCUAUCUCGCCACGCACACCCGGCUCCCGUCCGGGGUCGCGCGCAGGGGCUGCUACCCCCAUUGAGGCCAACGGGUACGGCCCAGUGCAUGUCUAUGUCCCCACAAACUCGAAGGACCCGCUUGAUGCGGAGGUGGCAGCUGUCGUGAACACGAUGUCCCACGGAUUGCUGAUCGAGCGCGUAGACCCUCCGUUGCGCACCGUACCCCGUGAGGGCGAGGAGAUCCGUGCACAAUAUGCAUUCACGAACCAGAUUGCACGUAAGGUCGUGACGUGCAAACUGACGACGCUGGUGCGCUCGGGUGCGAAGGGGUCAGUUACACAGAAAGUGAUGUGCCGAGUGGGCGGGGGUUGGCAGGACCUGCCCGUGUACGUUAUGAGCCGCCAGAAAUGA